GUAUUGCUGUAAAGUAACCCCACAAAGGAGCAACAGAUAUCGCUUUUUGGUCAAUUAUCUCUUUUUUUGGGCAUCAACACAGUGCUGAUUGAGUGUCCAAACCGUAAGCGCGUAGGCUAUAGUCCAACAGCGGCAUGUCCGAGAGGAGCGCUCAACAUCGCAGCUUUGAGGCUUCAUCACCGGCAAGUCCCGCGGAUCAGAUGGUGCCGAAAAAAUGACUCGGGCUCUCUCCAUCCUCGCUUACUUUUUCACUUUCAUUCACUGUAGCAGCUGUGCUGAGUCAGAGGAGCGUCUCAUGAACUGGUUGCUGAGAAAGGAUCGCUACAAUCUGCUCAUCCGCCCAGCUGUCAACAGGACCGAGAGAGUCACAGUGAAGCUGCAGGUGUCUCUGGCUCAGCUCAUCAGUGUUAAUGAAAGAGAACAGAUCAUGACAACAAAUGUCUGGCUCACUCAGCACUGGGUGGAUUACAGGUUAUCAUGGGACCCUGCAAAAUACGAAGGUAUCGACAAGCUGCGCAUUCCUUCCAGACACAUCUGGCUCCCAGAUAUUGUCUUGUAUAACAAUGCUGAUGGUACAUAUGAGGUAACAGUCUUCACCAAUGCGAUUGUCCUUUUCAACGGCAGCAUCAACUGGCUUCCUCCGGCCAUAUACAAAAGCGCCUGCAAGAUCGAGGUCAAGCACUUUCCCUUUGACCAACAGAACUGCACCCUUAAGUUCCGCUCUUGGACAUAUGACCACACGGAGAUUGACCUGAUCUUGAAGUCUGAGGUGGCUAGUAUGGAUGAUUUUACUCCUAGUGGGGAGUGGGAUAUACUGGCCCUGCCAGGCAGACGAACUGUCAACCCUCUGGAUCCCACCUAUGUGGACCUUACAUAUGACUUCAUCAUCAAGAGGAAGCCCCUUUUCUACACCAUAAACCUCAUCAUUCCCUGUGUUUUGAUCACAUCUCUGGCCAUUCUGGUCUUCUACUUACCAUCAGACUGUGGGGAGAAGAUGACCCUGUGCAUCUCCGUCCUCUUGGCUCUCACUGUGUUCUUGCUUUUGAUCUCAAAGAUUGUUCCUCCCACCUCACUGGAUGUGCCUCUGAUCGGCAAGUACCUGAUGUUCACCAUGGUGCUCGUGACCUUCUCCAUCAUCACCAGUGUGUGCGUGCUCAACGUGCACCACCGCUCUCCCAGCACCCACACCAUGCCUUCCUGGGUCAAGCUGAUAUUUCUUGUGAAACUGCCUGCCUUACUCUUCAUGAGACGCCCUCAGAAUAACUCUGCACGCCAGAGACUUCGCCAACAGCGGUGUCUUAGGGCGAGGAGAUCCAUUUUGGGCUUGGGUUAUCCGGUCACAUCCAAAACAGAUAUCACCAUGUCGUCUUCUGCACUGCUGUCUUCCGACUCUGCCUUCUCGACACCAAGAUACAAAAACGUAGCUCAUCCGACGGGCUACAGCCACCCCAACAAGAAAGGGAACUUGCGCUCCACUGAUUACCUUCCCAGUGGUUUCACUUCUAUCCAGGAUUUCCAGCCGAGAAGAAGCUCAGAUUGGGCUGCUGAUGUCCAGGAGGCGGUGAACGGAGUGCGCUUUGUGGCUGAGCACAUGAUGGAAGAUGAUGAUGAUCAAAGUGUGAUAGAGGACUGGAAGUACGUGGCUAUGGUGGUGGAUCGUAUGUUCCUAUGGAUCUUUAUAAUAGUGUGUGUCGUAGGCACUCUGGGCUUAUUUCUCCAGCCUGUCUUCCAGAGUCAGAUUGUUCCCAACCAGCAGCCCAGCUCAGAGACUCCUCGCAUAUGAUGAGCAACGAAGAAGACAGGGCAAGUGGUAGUUCCUUCCAGCAAUUAAGCUGUUAGGAGGCCGGUAGUAAGUGCAAAGUCCUUUUGGUUUUUGCUUAAAGUCUGUAGUACCAUAUUGGUGGGGUUAAAAAGCAAUGACAGCAACAUUGUCUGUGCCAAACUCCACCAAUAAGGCACCUGAGAGUAAAAGCAUUAAAAAUUCACAUUGUACGUCAAUGGAACAGACAGCAUAUUUGUGCAAAAUAGAACAUGAAUCAAAACUACAUGGUCCACAGCAAUAAAACCUUCUACAGCACCCAAGGUUUUAUGGAAAUAGUACAUCUGCAAUGGGCCUAAUGCGACGUCAGUGCACUGAGGUCAUUUCCUUUCAUGUUUACAAUGGACAGCUGCAGAACUGGACUGAAUGUAGAUUUCACUUCACUGAUGUAUGCCGAACUGUUGAAGAAGAAGAACUAUACCCCAUAGUGUCUGAGAUAUAAGAUGUCAGAUGUUGUUUGACUCUUGAUUUGUGUUUAAGUUAUAUUACCAUGUCAUUUAAAUGUGAUGUGUGAUUAAAGUAUGAAAAAUGUCCUCUUUCGGUUGAUUAAAUGUUUAAAAUCUCCAAUAAAGUCUUAAAAUUGUCA